CCCCGCCCCAAAGAGAGGUACCUCCUAAUACUGUCCAUUCCCAACAGCAAGGGCUGGAGGACUAGUUGGCUGGGCUCCCUUGCUUGUUUGCUUGCUUGCUUACUCUGAGGCUGCCUCAGCUCCUGGCAACCAGCACCUUCCGACCAGCUCCAGAGGUACCGUUCACCUGCAGAACUUGUAGCCAGGGCUGCGGCAACAAGCAGCUUUGCAAGAGGGCAGAGAUCUAAGAGGGCAUUAGAGGAGGGAGGGAAGGAAAGAGGGACAGAGUCCAGUGUUGCUCACGGCACCCCUGACCAUCAUUCAAGGCACCCCAGGGUGCCACAGCACACUGGCUGAAAACCAUUGGGGUAAACCAUUCGGCUUUAUUUAUCUACGCAGUCAUGCCAAUGGGGUAAAUCACAGUGGCUUACAGUAAGGAUGACAGGCUGGUGUAGCAAGGAGCUCAAGUGGUGGAACAGAAGUCCGUCGCUCCCAAUACCACCUUUUAUACUGAUUUCUCCAGAAGGACCAAGGCCACCUUUGCAUCAUACCUUCUUAGCUUAACCCUGACAAUAGGUCUGGAAGGAUAGCAGAGUUGAUAGUAUCCAAACCUACUGCGAGGUCCAGGGAAAAACCACAUGGUUGCGUUCCACUCCCAUCCAUUCCCCAGGGUAAGACAUCUCAGAGGUCCAUAAGCCCACCUGAGCCCUGGUAGAUUUAACAGUAGCCAAGGUGGGCAAGGAUUGAGGGAGCACAUGGUAGCUCUUAGCCCUCCAAGGAAGGUUGUCCACACCCUCAGGUUGCACAAGCCGAAAAGUAGCCCUUGCAGUGUGCUCAGAUGGUGUGCCCAUCCCAUGCAUUUCAGCCCAUGUACCAAUUAUAGCAUCCAAGUUAGUAUGCGUAUGAGUGGUCUUAUCUGUAAAAUGUAUGGGAAACUCAUCAUAGCGGGUCUCCAGGGGUUCUAGGUCUCCUCGCCUCCCUGUAUUAAUACAAGGGCCUUCAUGACCUGAACUAGCUUUGCUCUGUAACACUGAACAGCUGCAUUGGUGGUGGAGAAGUAAUAUUUCAUCACCACCAUCUCACCGCUGUUUGAAUCAGACUCUAUGUUUCGUACUUCCGCUUGGUAGAACAGGUUAACUUUUGUCAUGGGCACCUAAACUUGGAAUAUAGCAAGUUACUACAAUUGCCAUCCAUUUAAAUUUGUUGAUUUAUCAUUCAUUUUAAUUAAUUACCUGAUUAGGUAUCUGGUGUAAAUGUAAGUCAAUUUACAUAUUACAACAUUUUCAAUUUAACAUCUUGUUCGAUGACACUGAAAGAAGUAGGUGAUAACUUACCAGAAUCAAAAGUACUGUUCAUUAUUAAAAAGGCAAUUUAAAUAUUUCCUUCCCUAAUAAGUAAUUAAAAUAGCUUCAAAAUUAGGCAUGUGUUCCCCUAGCUCAUAGUGCAACUGAAUAAAAACCUGUAUUAAAGUUUUAAGUUGAUUGAACUGUUUAAAAUGAGCCACUUUCAUUGUUGUUUCUUCAUUUUCCCAUGUACUUGGUCUGUUUCUUUGCUCUUUCAUUCUCUUGUUGGUUUGUUUUUAAUUCUGCCUGCUUCAUAGACAAGAAGUCAUGAUAUGCACAGUCUGUUAUGCACAUACUUAAUUUAUUCAUUUUAUUACAUUUAUGGACCACAUUUCUUCCAUCAUGGAACCCAAGAUUGCGUACAUGUUGUUCCCGGGUAAUUAUCUGGCUGCGCUGAGACUUUCUACAAGUACUCAUUACAUAAACAGGUUUUAUGGGAAGUCUUCCCACUGUAGGGCCGAAAUUUCUACCCCAGGCAACCCACAGCAGUUGCAUUUGCUUUUGCUGUCUAGUUUUCCUCCCCACUCCACCUUAAGCUUGGUGCUAUCUCAGUUGCUCAAGAAGAAGGAAGGAAGGAAGGAAGAGAACAGAAAUAAAUGACGAAUAAUACCUUCGCUGGAACUAACAUGCAGCACCGACAUAGUCUGCCAAAGCGCCAAAAAAACCAGCACAGAACGGGUUAAAAAUGAAUGCUGUUACACCCAAUCAUUGUCUGCCAAAGCGCCAGAAAAAACAUCACAGAAAGGGUUAAAAAGCCAAUCUCUGGCUACCAGCAACAACAACCCAAAAAAAGGAUCCUGGUUUUAACAGCUUGUAGCUUGAGGAGGGGAGAACAAAUGGGGGGGGGGAACAACAAUAGCGCGAAUGGGCUGAUGGGGAGCGUGCCAGCAGUGAGGGCUCUGCGUGUCACGUCUGACACGUGUGUCAUAGGUUCGCCAUCACUGGGCUACUGACUCUUUCAGCAGAUGGUUCAAGGCAGGCACUACAUCUGGCAAGUUUAUCCAUCUGCUGACCAGGAUCUACUACUUGCUAAGUAAUUUAUUUAAGUGUACAUUACUCUGUCACUUUUUGUAGAGUUUUGGGUGAACUCAAAACUGUGUAUGUGGUUUGUUUGUUUGUUUGUUUGUUUUAAAAAGAUGGCAUGAAUUUUUAUCUUCUGACAUUCUCAGAGAGAAAGUAUGGGACUAUCUAUGAGAACCCAUUUUUAUUCACUGGGCAUUUUUAACUUCUUAGUUUUUGUUGAUUUUGAAAAUCUGUUAUUCUAUUACUGUUUACUUGUAUUGUGCUACAAAUGGGUUGCCCACUGCCCUGAAAUCAAGAUAGGAUGAAAUGGAGUAUGUAAAUAUUUAAAAGGAAGAACAAAUUCAUCCUGUAACAAUUCAACAUCCUGAGUAUUCUUGAUGACUGAUCUCUUUGGUGGGAAGUGGUAUUUUCCACCGCAUGAUCUAUCAAAUAUCUUUUGGAUAAUAAUGUCACCAUGAAUAAAUAGACUUAUACAUACUUUGUGAUCACCUAUCAUUUUUUUCAGCAGAGGGAAAUGUAGCUCACUUAGGAGCUGUAUAUACAGUAUGUGCAUUACGUAUGGGGAUGUGUUAAUCUUUUCAGCUGCAAUGGAAAUAUUACUUUUAAUGUCAGACUACCUCUUGCUAUGCAAUAAAAUACCACAGUCAUCACUGAUUCAUAGAGAUGAUUUCCUUUUAAUUAUACAUCCAAUAUGAAUGAGAUUUAAAGUUGCAUUAUGUUAUACAAGAAGUAAUCUUAGAACAUUCUGGAUGGAGUCAUUUCCUGUCCAAAUUCCUCAGCAACCGAAGAAAUGAGAAAUUCUAUAUUGCAACCACCACUACCCAGGCAAAAACAAGAUCAUUAUUCCAGGAAUUUGCCCUUUUCUGCCAUUUGAAGCUUUUCACUUAAUUAAUUAAAACUUUAAACUGAGAAAAUUUGGCAGGGCUUCGUGUGUUUUCCUUUUGUGCAAAACAACACCGCAUGCCCCUGAAAUUCAGGAAUAACCUGUAUUUUUCUAAAAUGCCCAUUCUGGGAACUAGCUGUGCUUUCGUCCUAGUUACCAUAAAACAAAGUAAUCCUUACAAAACCCAAGAUCCUGAGCCAUAAUUAAUCCUUGUCAUUUGAGCAACUUCAGGUGGUUUUGCCAGACAUGAAUUUGCCCCAUUUACUCUACGGCAGCCGUUAAAUUUUAGUGCUCGCAUCAGGCUGCAAUAAAUCGAGAAAGCACUUUGGGCUUUACGCAACCUCUUUUGAAGGGAGAUAUUAUUGACACCUCUCUCUCUCUCUCUCUCUCUCUCUCUCUCUCUCUCUCUCUCUCUCUCUCUCUCUCUCUCUCUCUCUCUCUCUCUGGGCCUUAAAUGCGAGCCUGGGUUUGUGGAACGCGGCGUGCUCUCCAACUGGUGUCGAGCAAAGAGGUCAUGAGCAACAAAACAAUUAGGAUGAAAUCAUGAGCUACAUUUGUAAACGAGGGAGCAGGCUUCUUGGCAGGGUGUCAGCCGCUAGAGAGCUGGAGUCCGGAGUGCACACAUCCCACUCUCCUCUGUUCGAGUCACUCAUCUGUGUUUAUAUGAGUAACGGAGCAGCUGAGGGGGAGGGGAUUUGUAAGCGCCGAGCAAAUACUCUGAGCGCUCAUUCUGUGCGAGACUGACAUGCACACCGAGUCGAGGCUACUUCCAGGGAUGUAGUGAGCGCACAGUCACAUGCUGUAGCAUUCAUGAGUAGAGAGAUAAAUCAAGCAGAUGUUUGUCGACUGGAAUGGCGCCAAAUCUUAAAGGCAGACCACGCAAAAAGAAGUCAUGCCCACAGAGAAGAGAUUCACUCAGUGGCUUUAAAGAUUCCAAUAACAAUUGUGAAGGCAAGGCUGUUGCCAAGGUAAAAUGUGAGGCUAAAUUGCCUUUGCACAAAACCAAAAAUAACAACAGCAACUGUAAAAAGGGCUCAAGCGAGGAUAAAUCAAAGGUUUCUGUAGGUGAAGAAUGCAGAGCGGAUGAACAGGCAUUCCUUGUGGCACUUUAUAAAUAUAUGAAAGAAAGAAAAACACCAAUUGAACGAAUACCCUACCUUGGUUUUAAGCAGAUUAACCUUUGGACUAUGUUUCAAGCUGCUCAAAAACUGGGAGGAUAUGAAACAAUAACAGCCCGCCGACAAUGGAAACAUAUUUAUGAUGAAUUAGGUGGUAACCCUGGGAGCACAAGUGCAGCCACGUGUACUCGUAGACAUUAUGAAAGAUUAAUCCUGCCGUAUGAAAGAUUUAUUAAAGGAGAAGAAGAUAAGCCACUGCCUCCUGUGAAACCUCGAAAACAAGAUAAUGUCGCCCAGGAGGGGGAAAGUAAGAUAAAAUUGUCUGGAACAAAACGCAUCAGAAAUGAACACCAAAAGAGCAAGAAAGAAAAAGACAAUGCACAGAAACCCCAGGAUGCACCCGAGGCAUCAUCGGAACAAGAGAAAGAUCAAGAAUGUUCAGACCAGAAAAGCUCAUCUGAAAUAACUGUCGCAGAGGAGGUGAAGGUGCCUGUAGAAGAGUCCCAGGUUUCUCCAAUAGAUGUAACUGGGAUGCCAUCAUUGGAAAAGACAGACUUUGAAGAAGUCAGCUCAAACAGUGAGGAAGUCAAGGAGGAGAUGCCAUGCAAAGAUUCUGUCUCAAGUGCUUUAGUGUCCCCAGAAGAAGAUGAGGUCUUGAAUUCCACAGUAGGGAAAAUCCCCAGUCUGUCAAAGGACCCAGAUGAGCCAAAGCAGGAACAAAGAGUUCACUGUCUCGCAGAUGACCUAGAAAGUAGCGCCCAAGAAAUUCCAUUUAAUAACUUCCCCACUAUCCAACUCCCACUUCCAAGUCAAAGUGAGAUGGAAGACGAUAAACUCCCAGAGAUGGCGGACUACAUUGCCAACUGCACGGUUAAAGUGGAUCAGUUAGGAAAUGAGGACAUACACAAUGCACUGAAACAGAGUCCCAAAGUCCUUGUAGUACAGAAUUUCGACAUGUUCAAAGAGAAAGAAGUGCCGAGUUCCCUUAAUGGUGAGCCUGGUUUCAGCUGCACACCACUGCUCUACUCCAAAGGCAACCCAGGCAUCAUGUCACCUCUGGCAAAGAAGAAGCUCUUGUCACAAGUCAGUGGGGCAACCCUCUCCUGCAGCUACCCUUAUGGCUCACCACCACCUUUGAUCAGCAAGAAGAAAUUAAGCAGCAAAGAGGACCUGUUGUCAAGCAUGCCACAGGCUUCCCAUGCCUCUGGGAUGGAUGCUGCAGCACUCAGCAGGCCAUCUGUGAUCCAACACGUACAGAGUUUCAAACCCAAGAAUUCGGACGAGAGGAAGUCUGCUGGUGAAACCUACAGGCACGAACUGCUACUCAAAAAAACUGAUUCUGAAUGUUGCGAUUUCACCAAACAACACCUGAGUGCUCUGGCCGAAUCCUAUGCACUAAAGUCGGAAAUCCAGGACAUGAAAGAUAGAAUGAAUGAAAAAAGGGCGCUGCACCACUCCCACAUGCCUGCCUUCUUGGCAGACUUUUACUCAUCUCCUCACCUGCACAGCCUUUACAGGCACACCGAACACCACCUUAAUAAUGAACAGACGUCAAAGUACCUCCACCGAGACAUGUAUAGAGAUACGGAAGCCCUUUCUAUGUUCCCUCAGCACAAGCACCAAGACAAGCGAAGCUUAAGCUAUCACCCGCCUCUACAUCAGCCAGAGAAAAAGAGCCCCAUGGAAGCCUCUUCUGAUGAUCAGCCGACAGAUCUGAGUCUUCCUAAAAGUACUCCCAAACAGACUGCAAAAGCUCUGGGAUCAUCCUCCCUCUUGCAUGCUUCAGUGGACAGCAAAAGCAUAUCCCAGUUCCAAGCCUUGAGCGGCCAGCCUCUGAGUAUAGACUGCAACCCCAAAGCUUGUCGUGUUUCUCCAAUGACGGUGUCGGCCCCCAAGAAGCACAGCGAGCCUCUUCUCAGGACCAACAAACAGCAGACCCCAAGGAAGAUGGAGGGCAUGGUCCACCCCAUCCUAAGCCACAAAACCAAUGCUCAAACCAUUGGGGCAGCUCGGCCUCUGAAGCGCAGCCUGGAGGAUUUGGACAAAGCCAUUUCGGAAAAGAAGAUCCGAGCCGUCUCACCCCUGCGCUUACCAAAGGAAGCCCCUGCAAAAGACAAGGGUCUCGAGCAAGAGGCCGAGGGCAGCAAAUCAGCACACGUCCUCCCUCCCGGUGGCAUGCUGGAAGGUCACAAGUUUCCCCUCUCCAGCCCCAUCUUCACAGGCUUGUACCCAGGGACAUUGUGCAGCAGCCUGAGCAACCGCAUCCCAGCUGGGUAUUCUCAUCCUCUACAAUACUUGAAAAAUCAGGCAGUGCUUUCUCCGCUAAUGCAGCCUUUGGCUCUCCACUCGUUCAUGGUGCAAAGACAGUUCCUUACGUCCCCUGGAAGCUCACAGCAGCUUUACAGGCACUUAGCUGCAGCCACACCUGUAGGAAGUUCAUAUGGUGACCUUUUGCACAACAACAUUUAUCCUUUGGCUGCUAUCAAUCCUCAGGCUGCUUUCCCGCCUUCUCAGUUGUCUUCUGUACAUCCGAGCACAAAACUGUAGAUCCUCCCUUGGAAAACAACAACAAACAACUACAUUCCUUUUAGCCUGUGAUGUCUUGCAAAAUUUAAACAAAAAGCUGAUUAUUUGUGUUAACCAAUAAGCAGUUUUGUCCCUCAUUGCUGAAGGCUUCAGAGUUGAUCGAGGGUCAAGCAAGACAGUCGAUUCGCCUGGGCUUUGUUUUUUUACUUUGGGCUCCUGCAUCUACUCCUCCGUGGUCAUUUCACAUUGCAAAGAAGGUUCGCAAAAGUAUCUGUAUCAUGAGGAAAACAAAUGUCAGAGAAGAGCAGGGGGGGACAUUAGGCUCCCCCCCUUACCUUGGAUGAGAAAAAAGGUGUUGGUUGUUUCCCCCCCCCUUAAAAAAGAGUGGGAUUUGGAGCAUUUCAAGUAGAAAAAGAGGCAGGUCUGAUGAGAGAGAAAGUGGAACAAGCAGAUGAUCUACGGAUAUUGCUUCUUUGGGUACCAUUUUGUUUUCUGACUUUCCAUAUUUCAAAUCAAUGCAAUGUAUAGCAGAAACUUCAUAGCAUUUCAUCUUAACACUAUCAAAACAGGAAAAGUAAACACUGUCCAAUUAGACUUUACAUAUCUGCUUCAGAAACAAAACAAAACAAUCUCCAGCGUCAAGUUCAUUUGUAUAAUUUAUGCAAGUUAUUUUCAAUUUAUCCUGUGCUCUGUUUAAUUUAAAAGAACAGUCUCUUUUCAUUUGCAACCUCUUUUUGGUAAAAGAAAAAAAGGCGCUGGUUAUUUAGGGCUUUUUUAAAAAAUGUGUUUAUAUUUUCCCCCUUCCUUUCCCUCUUUCUGCUUAUGUUUUUAGAGCAGCUUUUUGGGUGGUAAUGUCAUUGUUUACAAAACAAAAGCAUCCAUUUUCAAUGAACCUUUCCAGUGGAGAGAGAAGCGCAUACUGUAGAUCACACAAUUGCAGCUGAGUCCAAACAUCAGUUCUUUCUCAAGCGACCAGAUCCUUCAAAGGUGCUGAGCUUCCCCCUCACCCAUCAAAAUGGUUCUCCAAUUGUUCAUACUUUGCUGUUUUACUGGCCACUGAGAUCUGGUUUUCCUGUAUCAUGGUCUCUGAAUUUGUUAAGUAUUGUACUUAACCUUAUCUAGGCUGUGAAACUGUCCUGCAUACCAGAAAGGAAACAUGCUUAGGAGACUGUGCUGGCAACAAGUUACUCAAUAACAUUGGAGUUCUAAAGAACCUUUAUUGUGGGCUGCUAAACUAUUUCAAGAAUUUCAGCCAUUAGGAGAGAAAGAAGGGGAAGCAUUUUAGUUAAAGACUGCCUGGAUUCUGUGCUGCUGAAGUGAGAUGGGUGAGAACGGAUAAUAGCAAGGAGCCAUUCCAAAUCUGGAAGUCAGUCUUUUGAGGGUUGAGGGCUAUGAACUGGUUGAACUCUUGGUUGGCGGAGUCCUCCUACAAAGUGCUGAACAUCCCACCUUCUUCCAGCAAAGUAUUCUGACCAUGUGGCUUGGACUCAAAACAAAAAUGGCAGCUUAACCUACAAACCACUUAAGCCCGAUUUUACUUGACUUCGACUCUCUGGUCCUGUUGAACAAAAGUUCCAUGCCAGUGGCAUUUCUGAAGCCUGAGCCAGAGUACCCUGAUGACUCUCAUGAGAGUCUUCCUGCUGAAAGCUAUAGAUUGCCUUGAGAUAUUUUGCUGGAAUGGGCUAGGGUGCUCAGAUCAUUGCAGGGUCAGGACUGCAGCACAAAGGGCAGCAGCUGAAGUGUAAAAGGGGAUAUAUUUUGACGUGAGGAAAGGCUUGAAGAGCUGGCAGGCAUGGCACCACCCACUGACUUGCUACUGUGCAAGCUUGGAGGCUUUAGAGGAGCACUCAUGGGCAAAGGGCCCUUUUACUGCAUGCACACACCCCUUACACACCCAUGGGAACAGCAAGAGUAAGAGUCCUACCCUUAUAGACUGCAGCUGGCUGCUCACUCAUUUGCUUUGGUCUUGGCUUGUGCAUGAGCACCUGAAAUGCAAAAGGGAAGAUUUCGUUCAGCCUGUAUUGCUGUUCCUCUUGGGAGGGAAAGGUGUUCGAAGAGCUCUUUGUCAGCGGCUUUGAGUGAGCAGCUGAGGGCUUUCUAGGAGGCCUUUGCUGAAGCUUCCAUUGCUGUUCACGCGGGGACAGAACCUUGGUGUAGAAAGCAAGCACCCAGUGUGUGUAAUCAGAACACUUGAAAGCCGGUGCUAUGGUAGGAAGCCCCAAGGACCAUGUGCUCUGACCCCAUCAUCCAUUUCAUAUUCCUCUCUUGACACCGUGUACCAGCACAAGUGAUAUUUCCUACCAGAGAGGGAGGAAAUGUCAGGUGCUGCCGUGAAGCUGGCUUUGUUCAAAUCAAAGAAACAAUGCCAGCUUACACUAGUUUUGGUUCCAGUGUCUCUCUCUCUCUCAUGGAUUUGCUGAGUUUCCACCUCCCAUUCAGCAAGCAUCAAAGGCAGCCAAAUAUGUUGAGGCUGCCUCAUACCUUUGGCAUCAUGCAGCAUGGCCAUGGCAGCCCACUGAGCACAUGGCUCAACAGCGAUCAGCUUGAGUUGGUGGUGGGGCAGGUCCUCCCCAUGAGGCUAAAAUGCAGCCCCAAACCCAUCACAAGGCAUAAUUUGAAGAGUGACAAGUCCAUAAGUGAAGCUGGUGGGUUUGUUUUUUUCCAUGGGGAAAAUCAACCUACAACGAUAUGGAUUUAUUUGGAGGAACUUUUCUGUGCUGGGUCUGGAAGUAUGGACAGCUACCCAGAGAGGCUGAACUUUUUGAGGCAUUUUACAAUGUGAAAAUUGUGAGCUGAACCCAUCCCAGAUUGCAAUUCAAAUGCAGUAAUAAUUAUCAAAACUACUGGAAACUAGUGGAAACUACUUAAGCAACAUCGUGCAUGCAUGCCAAACAUCCUAUAUUGAAAUUUCCUGUGAUAUGAAGCCAACUGCAAUAUAUAAUGUAACCUAUUUAAUAUACAAUGGUGGAAAAAACAAAACAAAAUAAUAGACAUCUACUGUUAAAGAUCAAUGUUAUCUUCAAUUUAAUGCUUUUAUGUUCUUGUGGUAAAAUUAUAUGAACUGAUGAUGCAUAAGCAGGCUAGUAGACUUUAGAAGAUAAAUGUGCCAAUGCCGACUUUUGCUUUUCUUUUUCCUGCUGUGCUUGGAGCAUUCGAAAAAACAACAAUCACAUUCUCAGUUGAUCAGAUGCCAUAGAGGGCAUUAUUAGUAUAAAAAAAUUGCACUAAACCUGACUAAUAUAAUAAUCAAGGUGGGGAGGGGGAAGGGAAGUUGGCAGGGUUGUAUAAGCCUGCAAUGACUGUUAGAAUUAUAUGCCUGGUUUGGUAAUCCAGGAUGUAAUGCAUCUCUGAUUUGUUUGGAAUAAUCUGCAUGUAGGGUUGCCUGAUCCCCCUUACAGUAAGGGAUGUCCCUUGUUUUAAAAGGAUUGUCCCUCAUUUUGGAACAGCACACCCUUAGCAAGUCAUUUAUUGCAUGCAGAGGUAGCUCCACAUUGCUUACAGUGGUACGCCCCUAUCCUACCCCUUUCCCUCCAGUAAAGAGGGGUCGCACUGUGCACAAAUCCUUUGGCACAUACUUAGCUCCUCACCCUCUUAAAAGGAAUGGGGCUGCCCUCCUGCGCAGGAGCUAUGUGUGCAUAUGAGGGUACUUGACUGCCCAUUUAUUCCAAAUCCCACAACCUUAGGAAGACUCAUUUUUGAAAGUUUGAUUUGAUAACCAUACUGUUAAAUCUUAACCUUGUGUGCUUGUUUUGUAAGUCUCCAAUUUCAGUUCCAUGCAUCAUUUUGAAAGUUGUUCGGACCGUUCUAAAAGAUCACAGUGCAGGGUUAAUUGACCCCCCCUUUUUUUGUUCCUCUUGCUUUUUUCAAUAGGAAGACUGGCUUAUUUUUAGAAAGCUCAUGUUGCUUUGGCCAAGAUGAGGGUAAAUGAAGAGCAAUGAGGACAUAGCUCAUACCAUUGGAGAUGGUGGGUUGCCUAAGAAUGCUUUUUUAAAAAUCCAUGAUUUCUAUUAAGUAUUGCAUUUUCCACUGGCAGAAGACUACUUUCUGUGACUUAAAUGGGGCUUUGUUUGCUUUGUUUGAGUUCAAGGGGCCUUAUUGAAUGAAAUUGCACAAGUUUUUUUUUUGUUAUUGGGAGAUUGGUAAAGAAAACAGUUUAAUUGGCAGCAGAGUGAUAAAUCUAUUUACCAUGAGUUGGUCCCAAGAAAUGUUGCAAUUCCAACUCACUCUGUUCAGGAUUCAUUAAAGAUUUUGAAGGUUGAUGAGAUUAAAGACAAAGAAAACCUUUCCCUCCCUUGAUAGAAUUGUCUUUUUAGAAGCCAUUGACAUGGGGAGGGGUUUGUGUUGGGUGAGGCCUUUUGCAACUGGACUCUCACUUUAAUAAUCAGAAGAGUUUCCCAAUUCAAUCUGAAGCCCAACAUAAAGCUGAGAAGUGUUCCUAGCUUAUUGAACUGCUGCAUGAAUCCUUAAGCAUGCAGGGCAUAAGCCAAUGAAACCUGUGACUUGAGCCCUGUUUAUAUAGUACCUGGAGUAAUGUGAUUGUUACUGUUUCCAUGGUUAUUCCACUCCAGGUAACUUCUGCAUCUUUGCAGUCAAGAAAAGCUGAGAGUAAUUUUGGCCCCAUUUUACAAGUUAGCUGGAAUGGUGUGAUAGCGUAGUUGCUCCUCCGCCACUCAGGGAAACGGGUGAUGCCUAAUUGUGUAAGCAGCCCUAACUGGGGGUGGCAUAGGAACAACCAGAGAGGCAGCAGCCGUGCAAGAGUUAAAGAGAGCCGAAGUCACUUCUGUCUCACUGUUUUCUUGACUAGUCCCCAUAUGUUCAAGCUCUGUCCUAUUCUGUUGUGUGGCUCACAGAAGCCAGUAGAUGGCCACAGAAAUAGGUUGUGUGGUGUGUGCCUUUAAAGGGAGAGGUUGGUUUCUACUCACUCGUUAUUCCAUGUGAUCCGAUUGUACAGCAAUGAGCGUAGUCAAACCUGGCCCCAUUUCAUAAUUCGUAAUGCUUAUAGUGGGAAAAUAUUUCACUGAUAAUGAGGUCUGCAGUAUUGAAACUAUCAUUAUUGAGCACUUAACCGGUGUUAGCUGUAAAUGUAUUUGAUAUUUUACAUGUAUUCCUCCCCUCCCAUAGUUUUAAAUAUGGUCUAACAAAGGCAGCAUAAUCUACUAGCUGUUUAUACUUUGUUUUGAGCGUUCUUUUGUUGUAAAUAGUGUAUACAUUCUUGUGAUUCAAGUUAUUGUAGCUUAUAUGCUCUGUAAGGUGAUUAUUUGUAUAUAGAAAAAAUGGCCCAGUAAUAUUAUAUAGUUUUCCCAUUUUUUAAAAGAAUAAAAGGGUUACUGAGUAACCUUUCAAAUUAAAUAAGUUUAAACACUACCAGAAAGAAAGAAAAGCUGAGCCAACUAUAAACACUCAAUUUUUGUAUGUUUUCCAAAUUGUAUGUAUUAAUGCUUUUGAUACUGUAUUAUGUGCCAAUAGUUUCCCAAUCACAUAGCAAGCAAAGAUAUUUUGUACUUUUUGAUCCACUGUAAUAUUUAAUAAAAAAUGUUACUAUCUGUU